AAGUGUAAAAUGUCAGUGAGUAAUAAUAUACAGUAAACGUAAUGUAACGCCAAAAGUGAUUAGCUGCUCRUCAGAGUCACGACGAGGGCUCAAACUACACAUUUCUGCGUUUUGAUGUAAAAAUGGGGGCUUGUCUGGCUUUGUGCUCUUUAGCAAGUUGUGCCUCCUGUCUCUGUGGUUCAGCACCAUGUCUUCUGUGUGGCUGCUGUCCCUCAAAUAACUCCACCGUCACACGACUGGUUUUCUCUUUCUUCCUUCUUCUUGGCACACUUGUGUCCGUCAUCAUGAUCCUUCCUGGAAUGGAAACGCAGCUCCGCAAAAUCCCAGGGUUUUGUAAGGGAGGAACUACUAUAAUCAGURUUGAAAACCAGGUCAACUGUGAGGUCAUCGUGGGCUACAAGUCUGUGUAUCGCAUGUGCUUCGCCAUGGCCUGCUUCUUCUUCUUGUUCGCCAUCAUCAUGAUACGUGUCCGUAACAGCAAAGACCCACGAGCAGCUAUUCAAAACGGAUUCUGGUUCUUUAAAUUUCUUAUCCUGGUUGGGAUUACAGUGGGAGCUUUUUUCAUCCCAGAUGGAACAUUUCAUACUGUGUGGUUUUACUUUGGAGUCGUGGGCUCCUUCAUCUUCAUCCUAAUUCAGCUCAUCCUCUUGAUCGAUUUCGCCCACUCCUGGAAUAAGAUCUGGGUUGAAAAUGCUGAGGAAACUAACAACAAAUGCUGGUUUGCAGGGCUGCUGUCUUUCACCUUCCUCAGCUAUGCACUGGCUUUCACCGCUGUGGUGCUUUUCUACGUUUAUUACACGCAGCCAGACAACUGCACGGAGCACAAAGUCUUCAUCAGCCUCAACCUCAUCUUCUGCAUCAUCAUCUCUGUUGUCUCCAUCUUACCAAAGAUACAGGAAGUUCAGCCACACUCCGGUCUGCUCCAGGCCUCGCUCAUCUCCCUCUACACCAUGUAUGUCACCUGGUCUGCCAUGACCAACAAUCCAGACCAAAGGUGCAACCCCAGCUUGUUGAGUCUCGUCUCAAACGUCAGCGCCACCCAAUCGYCCGUUGACAGUAACUCGGGACACGUGCAGUGGUGGGACGCUCAGGGAAUCGUUGGUUUGAUCAUCUUCCUCUUCUGUACUCUCUACGCCAGUAUCCGUUCAUCCAGCAACGCUCAGGUGAACAAGCUGAUGCAGACAGAGGAAGGAAAGGGCUACAGUGGCGAGGAAGUCGUGGGGGAGGACGGCAUUCGCAGGGCCGUCGACAACGAGGAGGAGAAAGUCACGUACAGCUACUUCUUUUUCCACUUCCACCUUUGUCUGGCCUCCCUGUACAUCAUGAUGACCCUUACCAACUGGUACCAACCUGACAUCACCACGCAGGCCAUGCAGAGCAGCAUGCCAGCUGUGUGGGUGAAGAUGAGCUCCAGCUGGCUGGGCCUCGGCCUCUAUCUCUGGACCCUCAUCGCCCCCCUUAUCUUCCCCGACAGGGAUUUCAGCUGAGCAGCUGAUAUCUCUGGGUUCACUUUGAAUGUUUUUAUUUUUUCAUAUUAGACAAUUUGAAGGAGGCUAGGAAAAUGAUCUAGGAAGAUUAUUCUUUUGUUUGUUUGUUGUUUUAUUGCUAAAGCUGGUUUAAUAGUCAUCAGAAAGGUGUUAAAAGUUUACACUGAUUACUUUAGCUCAUUUGAUGAUGGCUUUAGCUGUAAAUUMUUUUAUUUACAAGUAAUUCACUUCCUUUUUUCCCCUGUGGUGAUGAUAUUUCUGUGCUGAAUCAGAAGGCACUUUCUCUGUACGUCAGCUGUUUCAUUUAUAGAUUCUCUUUCUGAUCAGGCCUCGCUGAUUGGACAGAGCUGGAAUAUCCCCGAUUAGCUGGACUCCUUUACUGAGAUGAGGGGGAGGGGAGGGGGGGGGUCGACCAGGGGACCCCUGCUUAGGAGCCCCAGCGUGAAGUGAGUGUCAGAGCCAGAUAAGACUAACAAGACACACCCUGCAGAUCAUAACAGGGCUUCCCUGGUGCUGCUAAGCUGCCUGCACAGCCACGUCACUACACGUUAAGCCAGAGGGUCCGAAAAGACCUCCAGUCUAAUCUCAGCUCUUCCUCGUCCGCUCUAAUUCGAGACAAUUUAUUCCUGGUGCUAAGCGUUUCCAUGUCCGACCGUGCUGGGCCUCGGGCAGCCACAGGCAACAGUCUUUACUUUUAUUGCAGUUUUCUGCAGCAGAGAGGGAGGUUUGUUUUCAGUCCCACAAGUCAUUUUCACUUUGAACUGCUUGUGUUUUCAGAAACACCAUCAUUUCCAUAAGUUUGCCAAGUGAUUCAGCAACAAAAAAGGAUUUUUUUUUAAAUGCACUUGACCGAAUAAUAUUAAUGCAUUUCAGAAGUGAUUGAAUCGCUGUUUGUUUGUUUUGACUUUCAURGUGAUUGGGUGGUUGUGACGGUGGUACGGUAUUUAUGCAUCUGGUGAUUACCUCACUAUAAAUGUGUCUGAUCAAAAACAGUUUUUAAUARAAUAUAAAGUGUCAUUUUUUUGUUGUCAGACAUUUCAGUAGGAAUGAAUCAGAUGUUGAUUUUUUUUCUUUUUUACAAUUUUGAUAUAUUGAAACACUUGUWUUUAACCUAAAUUGCUGUACGUUCUAUCCCUCUUGGGUUUUCAUUUCUGUUGAUUGACCGUUGUAAGAUUGUAACGUCACAUUUCAUAACAGUUAUGAAGUGCCUUUUUGUAGUCCUGCGUUACAGAAGGAAAGUGUCACUUGAUGCUGCUGUGCUUAUUAUAAGCCUUAUUGUGGUGUGUCAGUCAUYGCAUGCCAUUAGGCAUUGGUUUGGGACUCUUAAAAAAUGUUUUUAAUGCAUUAACACAAGAUAAAAAACUUUCACUUUGUGUUUUUAAGGAAUCUGUUGUUUUUGUGUCCUAUUGAAUGAUUGYCAACUAUAAGCUCUGAGUGCAAAAACAACUAUAAAAUAAAAAAAAUAAUAAUGGCUACA